AUGUAUCAGAAGCUGAUCAGCCUCCUCGCACCGUCGCCAACUCCGACUGAUCCAUCUCCUAUAAAUUUCGCAGGUAACCUCUUCUCCCCAUCUGAUUUCUCCUUCGAUCGGCAUUUUCUGGACUUUAAAGAUCAAUUUCGGAAGAAUUUCAGACUGGAGUAUCCAGAUGAAGACAACUGGGGUCUUGGAAUUCAUGCUCUAAAAGCAUAUGAUAGCAUUACAGCUAUAGAGGAAGCUAUGAAAGAAUUAGGUGGGAACAAUACUAGUAAACCAAAGUUGCUGCUCAAUGAAAUUCUGUCCAGCAAUUUCACUGGAUUAAGUGGUGAAAUUCGUUUCCAUAGUGGGAAAUUAAAGCAGAAAUCUAUAUUCAAGAUUAUUAACAUUGUUGGAAGGAGUUAUAAAGAGCUAGGUUUCUGUUUGGUAAAUUGGCCAGGGGAAUUGGAUCGAGUCCCAAAAGGGUGGGCAAUGCCUACCGAUGUAGCCCCAUUGAGAAUUGGAGUUCCAGGAAACAAUUCCUUCCCAGUGUUUGUAAAGGUAAAGCAUGUCCAAAAGACAAAUGAGAAGAUAUAUGAUGGUUUUUGCAUUGAUAUUUUCGAAGAGGUGAUAAAAGUAUUGGGAUAUCCCCUGCAUUAUGAAUUUGUGCCAUUCAAUGGUAGCUAUAGUGAACUGGUUGAGAAUGUCGCCAAUAAGAGCUUUGAUGCUGCUGUGGGCGAUAUAACCAUCUUAGCCGCCCGUUCAAGAACUGUAGAAUUUACUCAACCGUUUAUGGAGUCUGGCUUGUCAAUGUUGGUUCCAGUCAAAACUGAACCCCAGAUGGAGUGGAUAUUUACGAAGCCUUUCACUAGGAAUAUGUGGACGGUUACCUUAUCCAUUUUAUUCUACACAAUGUUCGUCAUUUGGUUUAUGGAGCAUCAAUCUAAUCCAGAAUUUAAAGGGCCAAGGAGAGAUCAACUUGCAACUGCAAUGUGGUUUACAUUCUCUUCUCUAUUCUUCGCUCACAGAGAAGAAAUUAAAAGCAAUUAUACUAAAAUAGUGGUUGUGGUAUGGCUCUUUGUUGUGUUGAUAUUAAUCUCAAGUUAUGAGGCUAACCUCGCUUCAAUGCUGACUGUCCCACGACUUGAGGCAAGUGUGACUGGUUUAGAUUGGAUAAUGAAUACUAAUGCUACAGUUGGAUGCGACGAUGGAUCUUUUGUAGAAGAUUAUCUGAGGAAUUAA